AUGACUGAUAAAAUAUCAUGCCCCACAUUGAAUGUUGUACUAGUCAAAGCGAUCAGGGCAUUGUGCGAGGUCACAAUAAAAUUUGACCAUACACUUGAAAUUACAGGAAGUCUUCACAUCCGUUCUGAUGGUGACAAGGUGCUUACGUGCCUACUGAAUGAGGACUGCAUAAAAUCGCCUGCCUCUCCACAUCUCAAUGACAUCACUCUCAAAUUAAAUCUAGUGAAUGCUGCACUGGCACUCAACAACAUCGGCGUCAUACACAGCAACAACAAUGCCAACAACAGUAGCAACAAUUCACUCAGUCAAGUAACUAAUGAUUCGUUAAGAAAUUUAUCCCUGCAGCAGAACAUAUCUCUCAAAAAUCAGAACUUCUUUUCUGUUGAUGCCUUCACCUCCAGACCAUUAGCUGUGCUGUCCGUCUCGGAUACAAACAACAACGGCAACAAUGCAGCUAACAACGGCAACAACAAUCCCACAAACAUGUUGGCAUCUAAUGUUAAUCCAUUUAUCAUCAACCAGAUCAUAUCACCAGGGGACACCAACAACAACAACAAUGUGAUGACGACCGGCACCAACAACAGCAGUAACAACAAUGUCGGAAAGAUUUCAAAGAAUGCGAGAACUGCCGGCGGGGGCACGAGAUGCAAGAAGAGGGUAGACACUGUUGCAAGGACGCUGGCCAACAUUAAGAAUGCAUCUAACGAUCACCACCAACAACAACAGCAACAAGCUCUUGACUACAACAACCAGAUUGAUGCUCCCAUAAAACUUCCAGACAUACAAACUCUGGCACAUCGACUUCCCAGUUAUGAGGUUGCUACUGGUGACCUUGACACACAGGGACAAAAAUUCAAGGUCAAAUCUCCUGGAGCUGUUGCAAUGGUAGCAUUAAAACACUCCCCAUCCACAAUAAAAAAGGAAAACAAUGGGAACCAUCAAAUGGAGGACAGCAAGAUGGAUGCCAAACUCCUGAAUGCGACCUCACAGCAGCAGCAGCAACAGAAAGGUCAGAACAGAGUGAAGAAGUUUCAGUGCAUGUUUUGUGGCAUAUUCCUAUCUACGAAGUGCUACUUGAAGAAUCAUGUGAACGCCAUGCACACAAGACUCCAUGUCUACAAAUGUGACUUAUGUGAGCACAGUUUCUACUCGGCUGGUGCAAUGCGCAUCCACAAGCUGAGAAAUCAUUGGAUCGACUCGAAGAAACAUCGGUGCUCAGAGUGCAACGAAUCAUUUCUCCUGCCCAUUGAACUUCGCAAACAUAUCCAGAAAAGGCAUGCAAGCAUUGCUAACAACGUCAAUGUCGCUCUCACUGCUAUCAACAACAACAACAGUAACAAUAACAAUUUCAUAAACAACAGUAAUAAUAAUAAUUCUUUAAAUGCAAACAACACCAUAGGAAACAAUGUCUCUAUUAAUGAAGUAGCUGGAAGUUCAGGAAUUAAAAGUGGAUUUAAUGACAACAGUAAUAAUAUAAGCAAUAAUGGUUACAUGAAUGUCAGUGGUCCUGGCAACAACAACAACAACAACAAUACGAACAACACCAAUGACAAUGAUGGAUUCGAUUUCACAACAGCAGCCACAAGUAUGAACACUUACUCCCUGACAACUGACAACCACAGCAACAACAAUUUCCAUAAAAAUAUCAAUGAUUACCUGGCCAUGAAUGCUGGCAUCAUAAAUUACACAACAAUCAACAACAAUUUGGUUGAGGUCACAGAUUUCAACAACAACAGCAGCAUUAACAACAAUAACAACAUUGAUGGCAACAACAAUAACAUGAUUGAUCACAACAACAUUAGUAACAAGAAGGGAGCUGUUAACUUGACAAUGAAUUCUGACAAUCAGGUGUUGAAUGAUGUGGAGCAGAUGAAAAUUGAACCUCAGGAUCAACAGCACGAUUUGGUCAACAAGAAACGAAUCCUAUCCACAUCUGCCUCUGUAACUUCAUCACUGUCGUCGACAACAUCACUUCAGAAUUUUGCCUCUGAAAUUAAUGGGCCUUCCUAA